AACUAUUGUAUGUUAUGUCUGUGCUUUUAUUUACCUAACUACAUUAAUUGUCUUCUUUGACUUAACCUAACCUAAAAAAAAUACUAAACACAACGUGAAAACUAGAGAUAAAUGUGAAAAUAUAACAGAAAUGUCUGUAUUGCACAUCGACGAGGUUUGUCCAAAGGGAUCUUCUUACCCUUUAAUAGUAAACUUCCAAAAUGGCUACACAGCUAAUGAAUUUAACCCAAAUGAAUUCUCUCUAUUUGAGGACACCAAAACUAAAGAAAAAACAGUGGCUACUACCAUUUCUAACUUAGUGUAUGCUGGUAAAGAGCAAAAGGAAGAGUCGGGGAAGACUUGGAUAAUUGCCCGCAACAAAAAAACCGGUAAGGUUAGAUUAAUCGAAGUGGGAACUGCAGAGAUGAAACCUGUGCCGAAAAAUGACUUGGACGAAACCACGGUAGUCGACACUAGUCGUUUAGAGUUAAGUAGGAAAUUCGGUUCUAAGAAACAGAAGCGAGUAAUGGAGCAGAGAGAGAAAUUGAAGAUCGAUACAGAGACAGUGAGUGACCAGAUGCAUAAUGUUACUGUCAAUAUUACAGAAGAUCAAGUAGACAUUUCUCAGUAUUUAAAAACCGAAUCUGACGACUUGUACAUCCCUCCGAUUGACAGAGCAGCUAAAAAAGUCGACGAUGUAUACCACAAACAUAAGAUAUUAAGUAGCGACCAGUACGAUAAGAUAUUGUCUGAAAUUAAGGAUAAAGAUUAUACUUCGGAGUUAUUGCCAUGGAUUAACAACUUGACAGCAUUAAAGAGUAAUACAGAAAAUGAAUAUACAGUGCUCGCUUUGUACGCGAGCUGUUUAGUAAAACUAUAUUUUACAAUGACUAAAGAAAUUACGAAAAAAAAUUAUACUGUAUGUCAAAAUUCUGCUAUGUUGAACAAUAUUAUUCUAGUUAAUUUUACCACAUUUAGUAAUAACAGACGAUCGAGGUCAAUCCAAUUAAAGGAUAAGGCGAUGUGCCAUGCAAUGGUUUUCGUUCUCAUUUUAAAUAAUUUUAAAUAUGACGCAGAAGAGUUGAGUGCCAAUUUUAAAAUAUCAUUGAAGACUUUGGGGAACAAAAUAAGAGUUAUUGGUGCUUCAAUGGUGACAAAUGAUAACAAGAAAGUAGUACAACUAAAAUUACCUCUCAGUACGUCGAGUUUUAUUAGACGUAAAAGUGCAAAGUUUUAGUAUUAAAUAUAAUUUAUGAACAUAG